CAGUCCCGCUCCGCGCCGCGCCGCUCCACUCGGGCUCUACCCCGCGGGCCGGGCUCGGGCUCCCGCGGCGGCGCCCCCUGCCUGUGCUGGCCCCAGGGCGGGCUGCGGGCACCAUGGCUCGCGCCCAGGCGCUCGUGCUGGCGCUCACCUUCCAGCUCUGCGCGCCCGAGACCGAGACUCCGGCAGCUGGCUGCACCUUCGAGGAGACAAGUGACCCAGCAGUGCCCUGCGAAUACAGCCAGGCCCAGUAUGACGACUUCCAGUGGGAGCAAGUGCGGAUCCACCCAGGAACCCGGGCUCCUGCAGACCUGCCUCAUGGCUCCUACUUGAUGGUCAAUGCUUCCCAGCAUAGUCCAGGCCAGCGGGCCCACGUCAUCUUCCAGAGCCUGAGUGAGAAUGAUACCCACUGUGUGCAGUUCAGCUACUUCCUGUACAGCCGGGAUGGUCACAGCCCGGGUACUCUGGGCAUCUAUGUGCGUGUCAAUGGGGGCCCCCUGGGCACUGCUGUCUGGAAUAUGACUGGAUCCCAUGGGCGUCAGUGGCACCAGGCUGAGCUGGCUGUCAGCACCUUCUGGCCCAAUGAAUAUCAGGUGCUGUUUGAGGCCCUCAUCUCCCCAGACCACAAGGGCUACAUGGGGCUAGAUGACAUCCUGCUUCUCAGCUACCCCUGUGCGAAGGCACCGCACUUCUCCCGCCUGGGUGACGUGGAGGUCAACGCGGGCCAGAAUGCCUCCUUCCAGUGCAUGGCGGCGGGUCGGGCAGCCGAGGCGGAGCAUUUCCUCCUGCAGCGGCAGAGCGGGACGUUGCUGCCCGCAGCCAGCGUGCGGCACAUCAGCCACCGGCGCUUCCUGGCCACAUUUCCGCUGGUCGCCGUGGGCCGCGAGGAGCAGGACCUGUAUCGCUGCGUGUCCCAGGCCCCGCGCGGCGCGGGUGUCUCCAACUUCGCGGAGCUCAUCGUUAAGGAGCCCCCCACUCCCAUCGCGCCCCCUCAGCUGCUGCGUGCUGGCCCCACCUAUCUCAUCAUCCAGCUCAAUACUAACUCCAUCAUUGGCGACGGGCCCAUCGUGCGCAAGGAGAUCGAAUAUCGCAUGUCGCGCGGCCCGUGGGCCGAGGUGCAUGCAGUCAACCUGCAGACUUACAAACUGUGGCACCUUGACCCUGACACUGAAUAUGAGAUCAGCGUGCUGCUUACUCGCCCAGGCGAUGGGGGUACUGGCCGCCCAGGACCCCCCCUCAUCAGCCGCACCAAAUGCGCUGAGCCCAUGAGGGCCCCCAAAGGCCUGGCUUUUGCUGAGAUUCAAGCUCGCCAGCUGACUCUGCAGUGGGAACCUCUGGGCUACAAUGUAACUCGCUGCCACACCUAUACCCUGUCCCUGUGCUACCACUACACGCUGGGCAACAGCCACAACCAGACCGUCCGGGAGUGCGUGCAGAUGGAGCGGGGCUUCAACCGCCACACCAUCAGGAACCUGUUACCCUACCGGAAUGUCCACGUGCGACUUGUCCUCACCAACCCUGAGGGACGGAAGGAGAGCAAGGAGGUCACUUUCCAGACUGAUGAGGAUGUUCCUGGUGGGAUUGCAGCUGAGUCUCUGACUUUCACUCCACUGGAGGACAUGAUCUUUCUCAAGUGGGAGGAGCCGCAGGAGCCCAAUGGUCUCAUCACUCAGUAUGAGAUCAGUUACCAGAGCAUUGAGUCAUCAGACCCGGCAGUGAAUGUGCCCGGCCCACGACGGACUAUCUCCAAGCUCCGAAAUGAGACCUACCAUGUCUUCUCCAACCUGCACCCAGGCACCACCUACCUGUUCUCUGUGCGGGCCCGUACAGGCAAAGGUUUCGGUCAGGCAGCACUCACUGAGAUCACUACCAACAUCUCAGCUCCCAGCUUUGAUUAUGCCGACAUGCCAUCACCACUGGGCGAGUCUGAAAACACCAUCACUGUGCUGCUGAGGCCAGCACAGGGCCGCGGGGCGCCCAUCAGUGUGUACCAGGUGGUUGUGGUGGAGGAGCGGCCGCGGAGGCUGCGACGGGAGCCGGGCGGCCAGGACUGCUUCCCGGUGCCGUUGACCUUCGACGCGGCGCUGGCCCGCGGUCAGGUGCACUACUUCGGGGCUGAGCUGGCGGCCAGCAGUCUGCCUGAGGCCAUGCCCUUCACCGUGGGUGACAACCAGACCUAUCGAGGCUUCUGGAACCCACCGUUGGAGCCCAGGAAGGCUUACCUCAUCUAUUUCCAGGCAACAAGCCACCUGAAAGGGGAGACCCGGCUGAAUUGCAUCCGCAUUGCCAGGAAGGCUGCCUGCAAAGAAAGCAAGAGGCCCCUGGAGGUGUCCCAGAGAUCAGAGGAAAUGGGGCUCAUCUUGGGCAUUUGUGCAGGGGGACUUGCUGUUCUCAUCCUCCUCCUUGGGGCCAUUAUAAUCAUCAUCCGCAAGGGGAGAGACCACUAUGCCUACUCAUACUACCCGAAGCCGGUGAAUAUGACGAAGGCCACCGUCAACUACAGGCAGGAGAAGACCCACAUGAUGAGCGCUGUGGACCGGAGCUUCACAGAUCAGAGUACCCUGCAGGAGGAUGAGCGGCUGGGCCUCUCCUUCAUGGACACACAUGGCUACAGCCCCCGGGGAAACCAGCACAGUGGUGGGGUCACUGAGGCCAGCAGCCUCCUGGGAGGCUCGCCUCGGCGUCCCUGUGGCCGGAAGGGCUCCCCCUAUCACACGGGGCAGCUGCAUCCUGCAGUGCGUGUGGCCGACCUCCUGCAACACAUCAACCAGAUGAAGACCGCUGAGGGAUAUGGCUUCAAGCAGGAGUACGAGAGUUUCUUUGAAGGCUGGGAUGCCACAAAGAAGAAAGACAAGCUAAAAGGUGCUCGGCAAGAACCUAUCCCUGCCUAUGAUCGGCACCGAGUGAAGCUCAACCCGAUGCUGGGUGACCCCGAUGCUGACUACAUUAACGCCAACUAUAUAGACAUUCGGAUAAACCGUGAAGGUUACCACAGGUCCAACCACUUCAUAGCCACUCAAGGCCCGAAGCCCGAGAUGGUCUAUGACUUUUGGCGCAUGGUGUGGCAGGAGCACUGUUCCAGUAUUGUCAUGAUCACCAAGCUGGUCGAAGUGGGCAGGGUGAAAUGUUCUCGGUACUGGCCGGAGGACUCAGACAUGUACGGGGACAUCCAGAUCACACUGAUGAAGACAGAGACACUAGCAGAGUAUGUCGUGCGCACCUUUGCCCUGGAGCGGAGAGGCUACUCUGCCCGGCACGAGGUCCACCAGUUCCAUUUCACAGCAUGGCCAGAGCACGGAGUCCCCUACCAUGCCACGGGGCUGUUGGCCUUCAUCCGGCGUGUGAAGGCUUCCACUCCUCCUGAUGCUGGGCCCAUUGUCAUCCACUGCAGCGCGGGCACUGGUCGCACAGGCUGCUACAUUGUUCUUGAUGUGAUGCUGGACAUGGCAGAGUGUGAGGGUGUUGUGGACAUUUACAACUGUGUGAAGACCCUCUGCUCCCGGCGUGUCAACAUGAUCCAGACAGAGGAGCAGUACAUCUUUAUCCAUGAUGCAAUCCUGGAGGCCUGCCUGUGUGGAGAGACCACUAUCCCCAUUGGCGAGUUCAAGGCCACUUACAGGGAAAUGAUUCGUAUUGACCCUCAGAGCAAUUCUUCCCAGCUUCGAGAAGAGUUCCAGACACUGAACUCAGUCACACCGCCAUUGGAUGUGGAGGAGUGCAGUAUCGCUUUGCUGCCCCGGAACAGAGACAAGAACCGCAGCAUGGAUGUCCUGCCCCCUGACCGAUGCCUGCCCUUCCUCAUCUCUACCGAUGGGGACCCUAACAACUACAUCAACGCAGCCCUGACUGAUAGCUACACCCGGAGUGCCGCCUUCAUCGUGACCCUGCACCCGCUGCAGAGCACCAUCCCUGACUUCUGGAGAUUGGUCUACGACUAUGGCUGUACCUCCAUCGUCAUGCUCAACCAGCUGCACCAGUCCAACUCUGCCUGGCCAUGCCUGCAGUACUGGCCUGAGCCAGGCCGCCAGCAGUACGGCCUCAUGGAGGUAGAGUUUGUGUCAGGCACAGCAGAUGAAGACUUGGUGGCCCGUGUCUUCCGGGUGCAGAACAUCUCCCGGCUGCAGGAGGGUCAUCUGCUGGUGCGGCACUUCCAGUUCCUGCGUUGGUCUGCUUACCGGGACACGCCCGACUCCAGGAAAGCUUUCUUGCACCUGCUGGCUGAGGUGGACAAGUGGCAGGCGGAGAGCGGGGAUGGCCGCACUGUCGUGCACUGCCUAAAUGGGGGCGGCCGCAGUGGCACCUUCUGCGCCUGCGCCACAGUCCUGGAGAUGAUUCGCUGCCACAACUUGGUGGAUGUCUUCUUUGCUGCCAAAACGCUUAGGAACUACAAGCCCAAUAUGGUGGAGACCCUGGAUCAGUACCACUUUUGCUAUGAUGUGGCCCUGGAGUACCUGGAUGGACUUGAGUCAAGAUAGCAGGGCCCCAGCCUGGGGCACCCACUGCACGCUCAGGGCCAGGCAUGCCAUCCUGGACCGACGAGGAUGACCUGUGUGCCCAACUUGCUCCACCGUAGCUUCCACAGGGCAAUCACUGGAGUGGGUGCUGGGCCAUCUUAGUGCCCUUUGCCCUGGGCAAGGCCCUUCACCAUGUCGGGUGGGCUGGCAGAGGGCCAGAAGGAGCUUAGCAAGCCUAGCCCAGCUCCGCCUCUUUCGGUUUUGCAGGUUUAUACCAAAAGGCCUGGCACUGCCUGGCACUGCCUGGCAGAGUAACAGUCGCUCAGAACUGCCUGCUCCAGGGGUAGGGGGUGGGUAGUCCAAAACUCUUUGACCUUGUCCCAGCCUUGGCAGAGUUGAAUGCCCGCCAGCUUGACUCCCUCUGGACAUGGGUUGAGAGGGCACUGGGGCUUGGCUUCUAGAAUUCAAUCAGCCCUGCCCCUGAGGGUCCUGGGGAGACUGGGUUCUGCUCCCACUUGCCAGUUGGCAUGUCAGACUGGUCCUCCCUAGGGGCCAUUGGAGUUCCCUAAUCCACCCGUCACUCCCUGCAACCCUGGGGAUAUUGUGCUCGCCACCCCUUCCACUUUGGCUUCCCUGGUGUGUGCUCUGAGCUUCCCCAAACUAGGACCCCCCCAUCCCUGCCCCAUCCCAUGUGGGGCCCCUCCCCUGCCUGACUCAGCUUCUGCAGAAUGAAGUCAUUUAGUCCCUCUGCCUAUAAUUUUCAGGCCUCACUCACAGGCCCUGUGCAGCCUGCACCAGUGACAAUCUUCAUGGUUGAAUGACUACUCCAGGAGGGUGAGGUCCCUGUGGCUGCUGGUCUGGCUGCCCACUGGGGAGGGGGCACUGCUGGGUCAGGAGUGCUUGCCACCUCUGAAGUUUGGAGGAAGUGGAUUUUGGGAUGGAGGAUCAAUGCUUUCUUUCAUCUUCUUCUUCUUCUUCUUUUUUUUUUAAUGGGUGGGUGGAAAGGUCUCUUUAAAAUGGGGCAGGCCACACCCCCAUUCCGUGCCUCAAUUUUCCCAUCUGUAAACUGUAGAUAUGACUACUGACCUACCUCGCAGGGGGCUGUGGGGAGGCAUAAGCGGAUGUUUGUUAAGCGCUUUGUAAAUAAAUGUGCUCUCUGAAUGCCA